CUCCUCUUCACUCUUCAUCUUCAACUGCCCGCCAUGUCCACGAGCUUGAAAUCUCAAGCUCUGCUUCUCAAAACCACUCUGUUUCUUCCUCGCUCAGGCGCUCAGUUCCGUACCAGAAGGUCCUUCCCAUGCACGACGCCGCCGCCGCCUUUGCCGUUCCUCUGCCGGAGCUUUCUCCGCCUCCCUCGGAACCCUCGUUGCAAGGUCGUCCGAGGGAUGAGAUUCGACGGUCCGGCGGUCGAAGUCAGCGAGGUCUCGGAAAUGGAGGACGGAGAUUUGGCGGUGGAGACCUGCAUUACUCGUGCUUUGCCCCCGGCGUUGACGCUUGAGCAGGGGAUUGAGAAGAUAAGAGAGGCCGUCGAGGACUUAAAGCUAAAUCCUCCUUCAACCUCUAGCGGAUUCUUGAGAUUUCAGGUGGCUGUGCCUCCGAGCGCGAAAGCUUUGAAUUGGUUUUGCUCUCAGCCGGAGUCGUCAGCUGUUUUUCCUCUGUUUUUCCUUUCGAAGGAGACGAACGAUCCUAGUUAUAAAUCUUUGCUUUUGAAUGAAACUCGCGGCGUUUUCGGGAUAGGUUCUGCUGUUUACUUUGCGCGGGAUUCUUCUUCUGCCUGUGGAGACCGGACUCAGACCAAAAGAUAUCUCUCAAAUGAAUCAACUCCCAUAAUGGCUUAUGGUUUUGUGGAUAUUAAUUUCGACACAGAGUUGUCUAUCAUGAAAAAUCAGCCAGGGUCUUACUACUUCUUCAUUCCCCAGAUUGAGUUGAAUGAGUGUCAAGGCAUUUCUAUUUUAUCAGCAACACUAGUGUGGCGUGACACUUGCCUUUCUACAUUUGAGAAAGCCCUUCAUUCUUUUGAGUUGUCUCUUCUCCAGGCUACUUCUCACUUAUGGCCCACACCAGUGAACUGCUACACCAGAAAUAUAUUAUCUACUCUCAGAAAGUUGAAUGCGGUGGAGGACAUAAUCACUCCUUUGGUUUACAUGAACGCUCUUUCACCAGGUGGGAAGUAUGUUGUGGAUAACUUCAAAGAACUGGAGGCUCCAUCUUCCAGGCAGUUCUGUGUUAGGCUUUCAGCAGAUGUUGUUGUUGCCAGAAACAUGUUGGAUCAAGCAAGUGGAGUCUGUUACUCAGUGCAAGAUUGUGCCAACAUAAAUACUGUUUGGGCCUCACUUAUAGUUGAAGAAUUCUCUCGUCUUGGUUUGACGUAUUUUUGUCUAGCUCCAGGGUCGAGAUCAUCUCCCCUCGCCGUUGCUGCUUCCACUCAUCCACUUAUUACAUGUAUCCCGUGUUUUGAUGAGCGCUCACUUGCAUUUCAUGCUGUUGGUUAUGCCAGAGGAUCUCGCAAGCCAGCGGUAGUCAUAACGUCAUCAGGAACUGCAGUUUCAAAUCUUCUUCCUGCUGUUGUUGAGGCUUAUCAAGAUUUCAUACCUCUUCUAUUACUCACGGCUGAUCGUCCAUCUGAGUUGCAAGAUGCUGGAGCUAACCAAGCUAUAAAUCAGGUAAAGCAUUUUGGUUCAUUUGUGAGGUUCUUCUUCAGCCUUCCCGCAGCCGCUGACUGCGUUCCUGCAAGGAUGGUACUUACAACAGUUGACUCUGCUGUACAUUGGGCAACCUCUUCACCUUGUGGCCCUGUCCAUAUCAACUGUCCUUUUAGGGAGCCACUGGAAAAUAGUCCCAGCGAAUGGACAUCAAGCUGUUUAAAAGGAUUAGACUUCUGGAUGUCUAGUGCUGAGCCAUUUACCAAGUAUUUUGAUGUCCAAUGUGCUCAUGCAUGUACUGAUAGUCCUCAAGAAAUAAUAGACAUUGUAAAUUUGAUUCAGACCGCUAACAAAGGGAUUCUCCUUAUUGGUGCUAUUCAUACAGUAGAUGAGAUGUGGGCAGUUCUUCUCUUGGCUAAACACCUUUUAUGGCCUGUUGUGGCUGAUAUCUUGUCAGGACUACGAUUGCGAAAGCUGUUGACUUCUUUUCCUGAAAUCGAAGAUAAUACAAUAUUCAUUGAUCAUCUUGAUCAUGUUCUGUUGUCAGAUUUUGUCAGUGAUUGGAUAAACAUCGACGUGAUUCUUCAGAUUGGGAGUAGGAUUACAAGUCAGCGUGUUUCAAAAAUGCUAGAGGGAUUCUUUCCAUGCUCUUAUAUCAUGGUUGACAAUCAUCCAUUUCGUUAUGAUCCUUCUCAUAUUGUAACACAUAGGGUACAAAGUGGAAUUGUCGAGUUUGCUAAUCAUUUACUGAAAGUUGAAUUUACAUACCAGAGAAAUGGAUGGAGCACUUAUCUACAAGUAGUCAAUCUGAUGGUUGGCAGGGAGUUGUCAUUUCAAAUUUCUGCUGAAUAUUCCUUGACUGAACCUCAAGUUGCACGUAUAAUUUCGGAAGCACUUUCAUAUGACACUGCUCUUUUCGUUGGAAAUAGUAUGGCAAUACGUGAUGCAGACAUGUAUGGGCAUGGAUGGUCAAGAUGUACACAUAAUACUUCAGCUAUGAUUUUAAACUCGGAACCAUUUUUUCGUUUGAUUUGGGUGGUUGGGAACAGAGGAGCUAGUGGUAUUGAUGGCUUGAUUAGUACAGCUGUUGGCUUUGCCGUAGGAUGCAAUAAACGGGUUAUCUGUGUUAUUGGAGAUGUUUCUUUUCUUCAUGAUACCAAUGGGUUGGCAAUUUUGAACCAAAGGGUGUCACGGAAACCAAUUACAGUAGUUGUGAUUAACAACCAUGGUGGUGCAAUAUUCAGCCUCCUUCCAAUUGCUGAAAGAACUGAAGAAAGAAUACUAAAUAAUUAUUUCUACACCUCUCAUAACAUUUCAAUCCGCAGUCUGUGUAUGGCACACAGUGUGAAGCAUUUGGAAGUACAGACAAAGGCAGAGCUUCAUGAUGCAUUAUUUUCAUCUCAAGCUGAAGAAGAUGAUUGCGUAAUUGAGGUUUCAAGUUCUAUUGAUGCCAAUGCUACCUUUCACAGUACUGUGAGGAAAUUCGCAUGCCAAGUGGCAGAUGACACUUUCAGGUUCCUUCUAAGGUGUCGAGUUCAAGACUUUGAAUCAGAUGUUGUUUCUUGUUUAAAAGUACGUUCGAUCAAGUACUUUACAUUCAGAUUACCGCUACGGGCUCCUCCUACUAUGAGUACUGUUGAUCAUAACAAGACCAUCUUCUACAGAGAAGGAUUUAUUUUGUCCUUAUCUCUUGAAGAUGGACGUGUUGGAUAUGGCGAGGUUUCUCCUCUAGAUAUCAGCAAAGAAAACCUGAUAGAUGUAGAAGAGCAACUAAGGUUUCUUCUUCAUCAAAUUGAAGGGACUGAAAUUAGUUGCUUCCUGCCUCUGCUAAAGGGUUCAUUUUCCUCUUGGAUAUGGAGCAACUUGGGAAUCCCGCCAUCAUCACUCUUUACAAGUGUCAGAUGUGGUUUGGAAUUGGCUAUUCUUAAUUCCUUGGCAACAAGACAUGGUCUUGACCUAUUAAGCCUACUUCAUGUUCAAGAUGAUGAAGAAGGUAUCGCUGAAGCUCCACCAAAAGUUAAAAUUUGUGGCCUUGUUGAUUCUGACGGGACACCCACUGAGGUAGCUGAUGUUGUUGCCGCACUUGUUAAAGAAGGUUUUGCGGCAAUAAAGCUGAAGGUAGCUCGUCGGGGAAGUCCCACUCAUGAUGCUGAAGUUAUACAGGAAGUAAGAAAGAAGAUUGGAGACCAGAUUGAACUUCGUGUAGAUGCCAACCGGAACUGGACCUAUGAAGAAGCUAUCCAAUUUGGUUCCUUAGUGAAGGAUUGUGAUCUGCAGUAUAUUGAGGAACCUGUUAAGGAUGAGGGUGAUAUUAUCAAGUUCUUUGAAGAAAGUGGGUUACCCGUGGCAUUGGAUGAAACUAUUGAUUGUAUUCAAGAAAAUCCACUUAAUAUACUAAUGAAAUAUACUCAUCCGGGAAUAGUUGCCAUUGUCAUAAAACCAAGUGUUGUUGGUGGCUUUGAGAGUGCAGCAUUGAUAGCCCAGUGGGCGCAGCAGCAUGAGAAAAUGGCUGUUAUUAGCUCUACCUUUGAAAGUGGCCUAGGCUUGUCAGCAUAUAUUCAUUUAUCAUGUUAUCUUGAGCAGAAGAAUGCAGAGAUAUGCAAAUUAAUGAGCAAUAAGAUGGGCCCAUCUGUAGCGCAUGGUCUAGGAACGUACCAAUGGCUUAAAGAAGAUGUGGCUACAACUCCUCUCAAGAUAAGUUGCAAUCCAUAUAGCGGCAUUGUAGAAGCAUCAGUUGCUGAUGCUAAUCGACUUCUGCAGUCAUUUCAAAUUAAUCGUAUGAUAAUUCAUGGAGACUAUACAGGAGAGGAAGUUCGUAGAUACCGACUUCCCGUGGAUUUUAAUGGCAUUUCUUAUUACAUCAACGUUCAGGAAAUUGGACAGAUAUCUCAUGAUAACGUACUUGUAUUUCUUCAUGGAUUUCUUGGAACUGGUGAAGACUGGAUUGCUAUCACGAAAGCUGCCUCGAGAGGAGCUAGAUGCAUUUCGAUUGACCUUCCAGGACAUGGGAGUUCACGGAUACUAAAUCAUGAUGAUGAGAACGCCAUACUUGAAUCAAGUUUAUCAAUUGAGGUAGUUGCUGAGGUAGUAAGGAAACUGAUUCAUGAAAUUACACCAGAGAAAGUUACUGUCAUAGGAUACUCAAUGGGAGCAAGGAUUGCAUUGUUCAUGGCUCUGAGGUUUCCUGACAAGGUCAAUGGAGCUGUUGUAAUAUCGGGAAGCCCUGGAUUAAAAGAUGAAGUGGCAAGAAAAAUACGUAGAGCUGUAGAUGAUUCUCGAGCACGGUUCCUUGUUUCAUAUGGUUUAGACCGAUUUCUGGACUCCUGGUAUGCUGGACAGCUGUGGAAUAGCUUAAGAGAACACCCCAAAUUUAAUCAAAUAGUUGGUAGCCGCCUUCAUCAUCAUGAAGACGUGCCUAGUCUUGCAAAAGUCCUGUCUGAUUCAAGCACUGGCAGACAGCAACCGUUGUGGGAUGACUUGAAGCAUAGCAAAACACCCCUUUUGAUCAUUGUCGGAGGAAAAGACGAGAAAUUCAAGAGAAUAGCUCAAGAUAUGUCCUAUGAAAUUCAUGGUUAUAGAGAGAAUGAAAAUGGCCCACCUAGUGAUAUUUAUGAAAUGGUUGAGAUACCAAACUGUGGGCAUGCAGUCCAUCUAGAAAACCCUCUUCCUGUGGUCGGUGCAUUGAGACGAUUCUUGACUAGACUUAACCAGACUCGUGUAGCUCUUCAGACAAGAAUGCUUUAAUGCAAUUGACAGUUAUAACUGUUACAUCAUAUGUGAUAUUUUCACUUGGAUAUUCUCAAUUAGAUAUUUGCUUCAAUUCUUUAUUUAACAAGAGGCGAUCUGUAUAUUGGUGAAGCCUAAUUAACCGUUUCGUAGCUCUGUCUUUUGUA